AUGUUUGACAACUUUCGGUGCGCAUCUUUCGGGAUCCCAUCAGAUGGAUAUCAAUCAGCACGACGAGAAGCAUCUCUUUCACCUGGUGGAGAUAAAAAGAUUCUUGAUGAUGUUAUCUUUCCAUUUCUUCGUACUCAAUGUGCUAAAUCGGAUAAGUAUGGUGAAUGUGUAACAAAUGUAGGUCCUGAUGGUGCUGGCUAUAAUGUUAAAAAUGUCGGUUUUUCUGAAGAUGAUAUUGGUCAUAUAUUUACUGAUUGGACAAAAAAUAAUGAAUUAUAUAAUAAUUUUCUUUUAUCAAUUGGUGGUGAUAUAUGUACGCGGCAUUAUCAUAAUGGUGAUCGAUCAUCAGGACAUGUUCUUGAUGAUGUUGAAGAUAAAGUUGUACAAGAUGCUGAUGAUACUGAAGAUACUGAUGUAUGGACAGUUCAAGAAGCAGCAAAAGCUCAUGUUAGUGUAUUAACAGUUACUGCAGCACAUUUAUUACGUAUAGCAUCUUCAAAUCGUUUGGAUCGCGUCAAAUUUGCUAAAUUAUCAAAACCAAGAUUAGCAGAUGAGUUAAAAGGAAAAACACAUGAAUUUAUUGAAGAUCUUCGAGGUAAUGUUUAUGUUGCAUUCUUAGCUUCUUUUAUUCAAGGUUGUAAUUUAAUUGUUGAAACUUCUCAUGGCAAAAAAUGGCAUAUUAAAAUGAGUGAAGUUAUACGUAAAAAAUAUUAUUUUAAACUUAAACGUAUUGUUUUACUACGUACUGAAUUUGAAUCUCAUGUACCAGCAUUAAGUGCUAGUUUAGAAUAUUUUAAAUAUGUUAGUAGUACUGAUUUAUCAACAGCAUUUAUGGAAGCUGAAUUAGAUUAUUUUAGUGCACAUGCAUAUGAUCUUAAAAAUAAUGCUAAACAUCGAUCACGUUGGCGUGAUCUUUAUUCAAAUGAAGAAUCAUCUGAAUUAACUCAAUUAAUUCAUAUAUCUAAACGAUAUGAAAUCAAAUUUGUAUAUGCUUUAUCAUCCGGUCUUCAUAUAACAUAUUCAUCAGAAAAAGAUUUAACAGCACUUAAACGAAAAUUUGAUCAAGCACUUCUGUUAAUUUCAAUUUUGCCUAGGCAGAAUUCCUUUCAAUAUCUUGUUUUUGUAAUAUCAACAACGCCAUUACAAGAAGUAAGCUUUUCUCACCAUAAUAUUAAUGAUUUUGCACUUGAAAAAGUUUCUGAACUCGCUAAAAAACAUAUUGAUGCAUUAAAUCCUAAAUUUCGUAAUAAAACUCUUGUCACUCGUGAUCAAAGCAAAAAAAUUAUCAGUGUAGUUCAGAGCAAAUUUAGUGGAGGAAAAUAUUCAAUUGAAGAAGAUCGAGCUAAAGGUGGUAAUUGUGAUGUUGAUGUUUCUUAUCAAUAUCUUAGAUUUUUUAUGGAUGAUGAUAAAAGACUUGAACAGAUUCGACAAGAUUAUUCAUCUGGAAAAUUAUUAACUGGUGAAUUAAAAAAGAUUUUAAUUGAAGUUUUACAAGAUUUAGUUGUUAAACAUCAAGAACGAAGAAAAGAAAUAACUUUAGAUGUUGUACGACAUUAUAUGACACCAAGAUAA